CAGAAAACAAGAGAAACACAGGACGAUGCUGCAAAAACAGACAGAAGGCCAAAGAAUAGCAGCAAACAUGAACAUUUUGAUAACUGGAGAUUGAAAACUCUUUCAUGUGGAUUAUAUUGUGUUAUUUAUUUUUGCAUUUUUCUCUGGAUUAUGUUGAUGGAUGUCCAACAAAGGAUUCUACUGUGCUGCAGGGCUGAAGGCCAUAAGCUCACUACACCUCAGUGGAAGUUUGCUGUCGGAGCAGAAAGUGAACAAUGUUAAUAAAACUCCGGAAAACAUCUGUAACAUUGCCUCAUGUAGAAACGUCUCUCUUCACGAUGUCACCACUGAUGUAUUUAUCACAACAUCAGGCUCUUUGAGAAGAGGAGCACUGACAGAGUGACAGCCGACUAAAGAUGUCUGACCUCAGCCAAGUUGCGGUGUACUCAGACUCUUCAGAUAUUUAUAAGAAUGUGUUCUGCAACCCUGCCUUUGAGCUGGAGGGGGAGCAGGAGGAAAGAGUGGAGGGAUUCAGGACGUCCUCAUCCACCCCUGAGCCAAUCAAACCACCGGCAGCUAGUCUACGCUGGGGUCUGUUUGGGGUGUGUGCGAUGCGUCUGCGGGGUCCAGGUUGUGGCUGGGGUGUGGUGGUGGUCUCUGCUGCUGCCCUGCUCCUGUUAGCAGCCAUCGGACUGGCGCUGGCCCUCAUCCUCACACAGAUGAAAGGCCAGGCUGUGGAGGAUCAGUUGUUGUCUACCAGCCCUCCAGACCGGCUGAACGCAGGAGACGCUGGUUCCCCUACUUUACCCACAAUUUCUACCGACAGAAGCCAACAUGGAAGUACAGCAGCACCACAGUCUGCUAGGAUCCCACCAUCUGAAACACGUAAGAGAUUCAAGCUGAAUGGACGUUUGUGUUCUAAUAUUAUACAAAUCAUGCAAAGUCAAUUUCAUGUCCAUCCUCACCCAAUAAAAAUGCUAACUCUUCUUUAUCUGGAGGCCCUUUGCUUUUUCCUUUCCCUCACAGGUUGUGGAGGGGUAUUGGCUGACUCAGAGGGCAGUUUCAGCUCUCCAAACCACCCUGGCUCCUACCCGCCCAACUUGCUGUGUGUGUGGGUGAUCCGAGUGCCUCCCCCCUCCCUGGUCCAGAUCCACAUAUCCUCUCUGGCUGUAGAGGGGCCGUCUCCCUGUCUGUUUGACUGGCUCGAGGUGCAGGAGCAGAUAGAGCAGAGCUCUGUGGUCACCAGGUUCUGCGGUAAUGUAGCACCACCGACAGUCAACACAAACAGCAGCACAGUGUGGGUCACCUUCCGUUCUGAUAGCAGCAUCGCAGGCAGCGGCUUCACCGCACAGUACAAGGCCAUACUGCCUGGACACAAGAGCUGCUCCAGAGAAGAGUUUAUGUGUGACAGUGGUCGCUGCCUGCUGCCUGUGUCUGUGUGUGACGGUCAUCCAAACUGUCAUGACCAAACAGAUGAGGCAAACUGCAGCCAUAAACACAAAGAAUGUGGUGGGCAGAAGACGGGGCCCAAUGGUUACCUGUCAAGUCCAAACCACCCCAGGCCUUACCCUCACCAGCAGCUGUGCAUAUGGUACAUAUCUGUUGAGGAGGGUCACGUCAUCACGCUGAGCUUCAAGAACUUCAGCCUGGAGACUCAGGAUGUGUGUGAGUUUGACUACGUGGAGGUGCACGACAGUGUCAACACCGGAGCUGGGAGAGUGCUGGGAAGGUUUUGUGGCACCACUGUCCCUCCAGACCUGACCUCCUCCGGCCCCCACAUGACUGUGGUGUUUGUGGCUGAUGAGGGAGUGGCCGACAGUGGCUUCAACGCCACGUACCAGGCUGUGUCCGUACUGGGCAGGACGUGUGGUCCGAGCCAGUUUGCCUGCAGCACAGGCGAGUGCCUUCACCAGCAGUGGCUGUGUGACGGAUGGAACGACUGUCCUGACGGAGCAGAUGAGCAGGGCUGUGGCAACUCCACCUACCCUCCCUUCACUUCAUCAUGUGAGCUCAUAGAGGUAGAGAUGUGUCAAGGCCUCAGCUACAACCUCACCUCAUUCCCAAACAUCUGGCUGUCCAUUGCUGAUCAGAGAGAAGCUGCCACACUCCUGCGACAGUACCGGGUGCUGAUGGAGCUGGCAUGCUUUGAGCCCUUGCAGAGGCUGGUGUGCGGAAUGUUCCUUCCCCAGUGCAGCCCUCAGGGUGGCGUCCUCCAGCCCUGCCGCUCGGUCUGCUCCUCUGCCGAGCAGCAAUGCAGCCAAGCUCUGGAUCUCUUCUCCUUCAGCUGGCCCUUCAACUGUCACCUCCUGCCUGACUCACAGGACCCCAUGGAAUGCUCGCUGCCUUGAUGCUUCAAGCUUGAAGCCUCAGUUGUGCUGUUAGUAACCGAUGCUCUCCAGUCCACAGUUUUCAGAUGUUUCACAGAUUUUCAGUGGUGUUUAAGGACCGAAAGGCAUUUUACAAAACUGAGGAUUGCAUUUCAAGCAAGUCCACAGCAUUCAAGAGUUGUAGAAAGCAGUUUGACUUGCAUUACUACAGCGGUCAUCACACACUACUGCCUGUAAAGCUUUUAAGUAUGGUACAUACAGAAAAUUGUGGCACAGUAGCUAUAUUAAGAGAAAAGCUUUAAAGUACAUAAACGUAAAGGAUGAUUGUGAUUAAGAUACAACACAUUUUCAAUCUUCCCCCAAUAGAAACUGUUGUUUGCUGUCUUUUUGCACUAUUUAUUGCUUUGAUGUCAAAUCACGUGAUAACAGAUCUCACCUUUAACAAAAGAAUGAAUACAGAGAGAAUAAAACAAACUUUAUUGCCUUGUCAA